GGCACCGCAGGGUCAGUGACCGCGCACGCCGCCUGUUUAUCUCUAUGAGAGAUUCUCGGGAGCGCGCCCCCCCUGGCCGAGGAAGGUGAGCGAGUGUCUGGAGGGGAGGACUCGGGAGCGCGACCAGCCGAGGGAUCGAUCGGAUUAAACUCGAUUUGAGUGAAAUUAACACAAAGGAGAGAAGACCAACGCGCACACAUCGGCGAGGUCGCAGAUGCGAGACACGCCGGAGAAAUAUUUCAUGAAUAAGAAACUUGAACUUUUUUCCCCCUCUGUUUAUUUAUAUUUCAAACGAGGAAAAAGGACCACGGCGGAUUUUUUUUCUCCGAAGGAGCGGAGAUACUAACGAGGAGUUGAUUUGAUAAAAGCCCGAAGUGACCGAGCUGGUUGGGAACCUAAAUUAGGAUCAUGGAGUAGCAAGCUUUAAAUUAGCAGUUAGCUGAUUAGCUCCUCACUGCACAACACACCUCCCUACCAUCCAGUUCCCCCCCCCCCCCCCCCCCCCCCCCAGCCAUGGCGGACCCAGGGAUGUUGAGUUUAUUCGGGGACGAUGCAGGGCUGUUCUCAGAUGGAUUGGAUGGUUUAGGGGACUGCUUUCCUCAGCAGCCUGCCUCCGCCCAGUCCAACCCUUUGGCCCAGCAGACUAAUCCCUCUCUGAACCACGAGCACCAGGGAACCAGGGGCUACCACCAGGGGAUGAUCCACAGCGCUGUGCCCGGCCCUGGGCAGCCUAAAUUGGCGCAAAUCUAUGACCAUGGCCCCUACACAGGCUACGAUCAACCUGGUGCCCCCGGAGGACGAAUGAUGGCCCAGAAUGGUCCCAGCCAGGGGCCACCAAACGUGAACACGGCCAUGAAUGGCAUGGCUUCCCACUACCAUAAUAACUCGGCUAACUCGAGCAACCCUCUCCAUGGGUACCCCGGUGAUGCUGGUGGAGGAGGAAGUGGGGGUGGCGUUUGGGGCCAGCAGCCGCAAACGCAGCAGCAACCGCAGCAGACCAGAUCAGCUUAUCAGCAGCCUCCGGCACAACCAGGGGGAGGCCCCAACCAGAUGGGAGCCUACCAGAUGUCUCAAGGCAACUAUGGUGGGAUGCAAGUUCCGCCUACACCCAAUGCAGCUCGCAUGAACCAACACUACCCUUCGCAGAGCAUGGUACCCCCUCCUGCUCAAGACCCAUCUCACUACCUGGGACAUGUUGGAAUGGGUGGGGCUCAGAUGAGACACCCCCAGCCCCAGUCACAACCCCAGGGCUAUCCCAAUAUGGGCCACACCCCCCGAUACCCACACUCCCCCUCCCGACAGCCUCCACACCCCCACCAGCACCAACAAGGCAUGGGAGGGUUUGGGGGUGCCCAGUACCCUGGCUAUCAGGCCCAGUAUGGCGCCAUGGGACCUGGGAUGGGCCAGGGUGCCAAUUCUAAUGUCAAUGCUAACACAAGCCAGGCCAUGGGACCAGCGCAACUCGGCCAGAGGUUUAACCAGGGAUCAACCCCAGCAGCUGGACCGCAGGGGCAGCGAUACCCUCCUGGACCACCACACCAACCCCUUCCGACCCAUUCUGCCCCAAUGCAGCAGGCAGGGCAGCAGGGCCAGCCUAUGCACCCACAACACCCUCAGAGUCUGCCCCAGCCCCAAAACCAGCCCCAAUCCCACCUCGUCCCCCCAGCUCAGGGAACCUACCCCUCCCCCUCAUCCAUGUCCCCCAUGCGGGUUUUGGGAACCCCAACACCUCCUCCCCAGCAGGGCAGACCCCCUAGCGCAGGGCUAACUGGAGCCCCAGAGGUUGCAGGGUACACAGCCCUGCAGUCUCAACCCAAUGCUAUGGCCCAGAGAACUCCCCAAAUCCCCCUGUCUGCUCCACAGCCCCAGCACCAGCAGCCCCCCAGUGCAGGGCAGAUGUAUACCGGCCUGGGGCCACAGCGGGGUUCUCAAAUGGGGCCAAACAGGCCUCAGCUCCAGCAAGGGCCUCUUGAAACUCCAGUCUGCCAGGGGGGAGACCAGCGUCUGCUCCAGGCCCCGCAACAGGCCCCCCGAAGCGGGCUGCCCACUCCCAUGGGUUUCCAGGGUCCGGUCGUCGGUCAGCACGGCAUCCCGGCCCCAAACCAGGGCUUGGCCCCGCCCGCCCAGAGUGCUCCGGUGCAGCACGCACACAUGUCCGCCCAGCCGCACCACCUGCAGAGCACACCCCCUCCCCCCAACCAGGCCUCCCACCCCUGGGCGCCUCCCGCCUCCCACCCACUCUCCUCACCCCCUCUCACCCCACAGAAAGUGCCUCACGUACAGCAUUCCCCCACCGACCCAUCAGGCGACGCCUCAAUGAUGGUUCCUGACAGGCCGACGGUCGGGGUCGGCGCCCCCGGCCAGCCGAUCAGCACAGAGCAGCCCGGUGACCAGGAGACCAAGCCAAAAAAGAAAAGGAAGAAGAAAGCAAAAGUGGCGAGCGGAGAGAAAGAAGAGGGAGGGAAGAAGGUAGCGAGAGAAACGCCGGCAGCAGCAGCCAGAGGCGGAGAGGAAGACAUGAAGUCUGAAUUUCCCGGCACAGGAAGUGAUGCGGGUGAGCGGGUGACUGGCAAAGGAACUGUAGAGGGAAGUUCGCCGUCGGUGGAGGAGAAGAAGAAGCGGAAAAAGAAACCAAAGGAAAAGGUGGAGGGCAAGGAGCCCAAGACCCCGAAGACACCCAAAACACCCAAGACCCCCAAAGAACCCAAGGAGAAGAAAACCAAGAGCUCCACGCCCAAGACAAAGACCCCUAAGAAAACCAGCAGUAAGAAGGUUGAGUCCGACGGCGGAGCUAGCGCUGCUAAGAAGGAAUCCAAGAGGAAAAGAGAGCCGUCAGUCAGCGACGACGUGGAGGUGAAGUCUCCACCCCCCUCGCCUCCUGAGGAGGAGGACGAUGACGGUGUCCAGAAGCGCCGCUCCAGCCGCCAGGUGAAGAGGAAAAGGUACACGGAGGAUCUGGAGUUCCGGAUCUCGGACGAUGACGACAGUGGAGACGACUCGCCGGCACCCAAGUCCCCGUCGUCGUCACAGCAACAGGACGUGGCCGAGGCAGAGGGGCCCGUCGUGGAGAAGAUCAUGAGCAAACGCAUCACCAAGAAACAGCUGGAGUCAGGGGAGGAAUUGGAGGUGGAGGAGUUCUACGUCAAGUUCAAAGGCUUUUCGUACCUCCACUGUCGCUGGGCAGACCUGGAGGAGCUGGAGAAGGACAAGAGAAUACACCAAAAGGUCAAGAGGUUCCGGGCCAAGCAGCAACUCAACAGCUUCAUUACGGAGAUGGACGACGAGCCUUUUAACCCCGACUACGUGGAGGUGGACCGUGUCCUGGACAUCUCAGAGAGCCCAGAUGAAAACGGAGAGACGGUGACCUUGUAUCUGGUGAAAUGGUGCAGCCUGCCUUACGAAGACUCCACCUGGGAGCUGAAGGCCGACAUCGACCAGUCCAAGAUAGAGGAAUAUGAACGCAUCGCAGCGCGCACACCCAACACUACGAAAGUGGAUCGGCCUCCUGCAGCCGACUGGAAAAAGCUGGAGGGCUCCAUGGACUACAAGAACGCCAACGCACUCAGGGAAUACCAGCUCGAAGGCCUUAACUGGCUAACCUUCAACUGGUACAACUCACGUAACUGUAUCUUGGCGGACGAGAUGGGUCUCGGCAAGACCAUCCAGUCCAUUACAUUCCUCAACGAGAUUUACAUGAAGGGUAUGGAGGGGCCAUUCCUGGUCAUCGCCCCGCUCUCCACCAUCCCUAACUGGGAGAGGGAGUUCAGGACCUGGACCGAGCUCAACGCGGUGGUCUACCACGGGAGCCAGGCCAGCCGCAAGACGAUCCAGGCCUACGAGAUGUACUACAGAGACGCACAGGGUAAGAUAAUAAAGGGAGCGUACCGGUUCCACGCCUUGAUAACGACCUUCGAGAUGAUUCUGACCGACUGCCCGGAGCUCCGCAGCGUGCCAUGGCGCUGCGUGGUGAUUGACGAAGCCCACCGCCUCAAAAACCGCAACUGCAAACUACUGGAAGGACUCAAAAUGAUGGACAUGGAGCACAAAGUUCUGUUGACGGGAACUCCUCUCCAGAACACCGUGGAGGAGCUCUUCAGCUUACUCAACUUCCUGGAGCCCGAGCGGUUCCCGUCCGAACCGACAUUCAUGACUGAAUUCGGAGACCUUAAGACUGAAGAACAGGUUCAAAAACUGCAGGCCAUUCUGAAGCCCAUGAUGCUGAGAAGACUCAAGGAGGACGUGGAGAAGAACCUGGCCCCGAAGGAGGAGACCAUCAUCGAGGUGGAGCUGACCAACAUCCAGAAGAAAUACUACAGGGCCAUUCUGGAGAAGAAUUUCUCCUUCCUGUCAAAAGGAGGCACAGGAGGGGGAGGAGGAGGAAGUGGAGGUGGAGGACCAAACGUCCCCAACCUCCUCAACACCAUGAUGGAGCUGAGGAAAUGCUGCAACCACCCCUACCUCAUUAAUGGGGCGGAAGAGAAAAUCGCCGAGGAUUUCAGGGACUCCCAUGGCGGCAGGGCGGACAUGCCGGACAUGGCCCUCCAAGCCAUGAUCCAGGCCGCCGGUAAGCUGGUGCUCAUCGAUAAGCUGCUGCCCAAACUGAAGGCCGGCGGACACCGAGUCCUGGUGUUCAGUCAGAUGGUCCGCUGCCUGGACAUCCUGGAGGACUACCUCAUCCAGAAACGAUAUCCCUACGAACGGAUAGACGGCCGAGUUCGCGGCAACUUGCGGCAGGCAGCCAUCGACCGCUUCUCCAGACCCGACUCGGACCGCUUCGUCUUCCUGCUGUGUACGAGAGCUGGAGGACUCGGCAUCAACCUAACAGCAGCAGACACCUGCAUCAUCUUCGACUCCGACUGGAACCCCCAGAAUGACCUGCAGGCCCAGGCCAGGUGCCACCGCAUCGGCCAGUCCAAGGCGGUGAAGAUCUACCGUCUGAUCACCAGGAACAGCUACGAGAGGGAGAUGUUCGACAAGGCCAGUCUGAAGCUGGGCCUGGACAAGGCCGUCCUCCAAAGCAUGAGUGGACGAGAGAACGCCAACAGUGGGGUCCAGCCGUUGUCCAAGAAGGAGGUGGAGGACCUGCUGAGAAAGGGAGCGUACGGGGCUCUGAUGGACGAGGAGGAUGAGGGCUCGAAAUUCUGCGAGGAAGACAUCGACCAGAUCCUCCAGAGACGAACCCACACCAUCACCAUUGAGUCCGAGGGCAAGGGCUCCACUUUCGCCAAGGCCAGCUUUGUCGCAGCGGGGAACCGAACCGACAUUUCCCUGGAGGAUCCGGACUUCUGGCAGAAAUGGGCCAAGAAGGCCGAGCUUGACCUGGAUGCCAUCAAUGGACGGAACACGCUCGUGAUCGACACACCAAGGGUGAGGAAGCAAACGCGGCACUUCAGUAGCGCCAAAGAGGACGAGAUGUUGGAGUUCUCCGAGCUGGAGAGCGACGAGGACGAGCCGAGCAAGCCCUCGUCCAAACCCCGGCGGCCCCAGGACAAAACCCAGGGGUACCCCCGGUCCGAGUGCUUCAGAGUGGAGAAGAACCUGCUGGUCUACGGGUGGGGCAGGUGGAGCGACAUCCUGGCUCAUGGCCGCUUUAAGCGCCCCCUGAAGGAGGCUGACGUGGAGACGAUCUGCAGGGCCCUGCUGGCCUACUGCCUGCUGCAUUACCGCGGAGAUGAGAACAUCAAGAGCUUCAUCUGGGACCUGAUCACCCCAAGUGCAGACGGGACCACCAAGACGCUGACCAACCACUCCGGUCUCUCCACUCCAGUCCCUAGGGGCAGGAAGGGCAAGAAGGGGAAGCCCCUGGCCCCGCCUCCACAGACACCGCGAGCUGAUUGGCUGGCCAGCUGCAACCCGGACCACUUGCUGCAAGAGGAUAGCUACAAGAGACACCUGAAACACCACUGUAACAAGGUGUUGCUGCGCGUGAGGAUGCUGUACUACCUGCGACAGGAAGUCAUCGGCGACCAGGCUGAUCGCAUCUUGGAAGGAGCUGACUCCAGUGAGCUGGACAUCUGGAUUCCUCAGCCGUUCCACGCCGAGGUCCCGACUGACUGGUGGGACAGCGAGGCCGACAAAUCCCUUCUCAUCGGCGUCUUCAAACACGGCUAUGAGAAGUACAACUCGAUGCGAGCUGACCCCGCCCUGUGUUUCUUGGAGAGGGUGGGCAUGCCCGACGCCAAGGCCAUCGCCGCUGAGCAGAGGGGCUCCGACAUGAUGGCAGAUGGCGUUGAGGGCGAGGAUGAGGAUCCAGAGUACAAGCCACUGCGGAUGCCUUUCAAAGACGACAUGGACGACUUCACCAACUCUCCACUAGACGACAACGUGGAAGGUGAAGCGGAAGCCAAAUCGGGUGAGAACGGUCAAGGUGUGGGCGGAGCCUCGAGCGCCAACGAGCGGCUCUACUGGCCGGCGGCCUCAGCUCUCACUGCCCGCCUGCGACGCCUCAUCACGGCUUACCAGCGCUCCAACCGCAGGGAGCAGCUCCGCCAGGAGGCCCUCAGUCGGCCCGAUGGACGGCGGCGGCGGCGCAGGGAGUUCCUGCCCACCAUCGGCAUGGUUACCGACGCGGGGGGAGGAGGGGCGACUUACAUCCAAGAUGGAGCGGCGGUCUUCCUGACGGACGGAACCCAGUAUCUGACUAAAGGAGGUGCCUACUUUGCCAAAAGCGGUCAAUUCCUGCCGGAGGCGUCGCCGGUGAUGACCGCCAGCUCGCUGAUGACGGAUGGAGCGAUGUACUACAAGGAGAGACGACAGCGAUGGACUCGCCGCGAGGAGGCCGAUUUCUACCGCGUGGUGUCAACCUUCGGAGUCGUCUUUGACACCCAGUGCCAGAAAUUUGACUGGGCGCAGUUCAGGGCCUUUGCUCGACUGGACAAGAAAACGGACGAGAGCCUAGAGAAAUACUACUACUCAUUCAUUGCUAUGUGUAAACGGGUCUGCAGGAUGCAGGUCAAGACUGAAACGGAACUCCCAGACCCAACCCUGAUCAUCGACCCCAUCACAGAGGAACGUGCCUCCCGCACCCUGUACCGCAUCGAGCUGCUCCGGCGCAUCCGGGAGCAGGUCCUCCCCCACCCGCUGCUCUCGGAGCGCCUCAAGCUCUGCCAGUCCUCUCCGGACCUCCCCGAGUGGUGGGAGAGCGGCCGCCACGACCGGGACCUCCUCCUGGGGGCCUCCAAGCACGGUGUAAGCCGGACAGACUACCACAUCUUGAACGAUACCGCCCUGGCCUUUCUGGACGCCCACCAGCGCUUCACAGGCCAGCGGGGGGCCAACGGCAGCACAGCGGCCCCGGGUGAGAUCACCAAAGCAGGGAUGGGAGCGGCAGAGAGCAACGCCGCGCCCCUCCUCACCGCCACGGAGCUGGCUAGUGCUGCAGCGGCUGCCAACAUUGCCGUUAUCGCAGCUAAAGAGGAGGAGUGCAGCGAAGGGAAGGAGGUGAAAAUGGAAACUGAGCAAGGAGAUGCUGACGACAUCCCAUGUAUCAAGACUGAAACUGUUGAUGAACAGAAGGGAAUUGAGGGAGAGGUCGGAGAGAUGAAAGAGGAAAGCGCUGCUUCGCCGAGAAACAAGGCGAAGAAAGAGGGAGUGGAGGCCCACCCAAAAGUGGAAAAAGAGCAGAAGGAGGAGCCGAUCAUAGGAGAGACAACCUCCAAGCCGGCAGACAACCAAGACAAAGAGAAGAGCUCGACUCCCGCCGCCUCUCUGAGGGACCGGACGGAGGCAACCACCGAGCUCUCGGAGCAUCCGGAGACCUCUCCCAAAGAUCUACUGGGCCACAAGGCUGCAGAGCAGGAGCAUGGGGAGGAGAGGGAGCAUCCAGAGUCUCCAAAGUCAGCUGACACCGAGAAAAACCUGGAGGAAGAGGAGGAGGAGGAGGAGGAGGAAGAGGAGGAGGAGGAGGAGAGGAUGGAUGAAGAUGACAAAUCAGAGAAAUCCUCUCAGGCUGAAGCGAGCGCUGCGUCCGAGCAGAAGAACUUUGACGAGGAGAGCAUUGCGUCGCUGAGCACGUCGGCCCAAAACGAAACCAGAGAUGGGUUCUGCCCCGACGACCUGCCGGAGACCUCUGCUCUGCAGGCCUUGCAGGACCGCGCCUACUCCUUCUCAUUCUGGCCCAAGGAUCGAGUGAUGAUCAACAGGAUGGAUAACAUCUGCGAUGCCGUCCUGAAGGGCAAGUGGCCCGUAAACAGGCGCCACAUCUUCGAUUUCCCCAGCAACCUGUUGCAAGGGCAUGGCUCUGCCGUUGCCGCUGCCACCGUCUCCACAGUUACCGAGAGCCCACUGCAGAGGCGGAGCCUCCCCGAGCUGACGAUGGCCGGCAUCCCCACCGCUUACAGUGGGAGUGAAGAUAAAACGCUAUCGCCACAGGUUCACGAGGACGCUCUGAGUCUGACGGCACCUCGCCAGAGGAGGAGGAGGAGGAGGAAGAUCGAGAUUGAGGCGGAGAGGGCGGCCAAGAGGCGCAACCUGAUGGAGAUGGUUGCUCAGCUGAGAGAGAGCCACUCUGCCACCGAGUCUCAAAGCCAGGCGAUAGACCUCACCAAGGGCAUGCAGCAUCACCACAAGGCCUCUCCCUCAUUGGCCGGCUUCCCCAGUGCCCUGGUGACCACCCCCUCCCUCAAGGCCCAGAUGGAGUUGCUGCAGCAAGCCCCGCCCUCUGGACAGAGAGCCAAUGGUUCGCUGGAGGCCGACCUGCCCAUCAUGAGGAGGAGGCGGGGCCGCAGGAAAAAUGUGGAAGGCCUGGAGCUGCUGUUCAUGGGCAACAAGCGAGCAGGAAGGGAUGACGUCGAUGGGACAAAGGUCUCGAGUGCGGAGGGGGUUCAGGAUUCUACCCGGGCCCACAGACCCCUCACCGUCGCAGAGCAGAGUCCCAGUUCCAGGUCUCUGGCCUCCGGCAGUCUGGAGGAGGAAGAGGCAGCGGUUUCAAACAAAGAGCUGGGAGAGUGGCUAAGGCAGCACCCAACAUACACCAUGGACAUGGCUGGAUUCACACCAAAGAGCGAGGAUUUACUGUCUCAGUUCUCCAAGCCCAAGCAGAAGCGCCACCGUUGUCGGAACCCCAACAAGAUCGACAUCAACACCCUGACCGGAGACGAGAGAGUGCCUGUGGUCAACCGACGCAACGGACGCAAGAUGGGCGGGGCCAUGGCUCCACCAAUGAAGGAGCUUCCCAGAUGGUUGCUGGAGAACCCAGAGUAUUCUAUUGCCCCUGAUUGGACGGACAUCGUCAAACAGUCUGGUUUCCUCCCGGAGGCCAUGUUUGACCGCCUGUUGACCGGCCCUGUCGUCAGGGAGGAGGGCGUCCGGCGUCGGGGGCGUCGACCGAAAUCUGAGAUCGCCAAAGCCACCGUUGCCGCCCAGGCAGCAGCGGCGGCUCAUGCAGCCCAGGCGUCACUGGCCUCGGCCGCUUCAUCUGCAGGUGGAAUCAACCCUCUGCUGUUGAGCAGUCUGUUCGGAGGGAUGGACCUGUCGUCCCUGCAGAGCCUCCAGUCUCUCCAGUUGGCCGCCGGUCUGAUGGCGUUCCCUCACCCCUCCGACCCCAAGCAGGCCGCCGCCUCCAUGCUGCCCCUCAUGCUGCCCGGUAUGGGAGGCCUGCCCAACAUGGCCGCCGCCCUCCCCAACAUGUUCAGCUUAGGCGGCCUGUUUGGCGGGAACCUUGCGACGGUCGCAGCUGCUGCAGCCGCCGCAUCGAACUCCAUCGCCGCCACGUCACGGAACACCAACGGAACAACGGAGGGCGAGGUAGGAGAUAGUGACGAGGCGGUGACGUCCAAGAAGAAGGGAGAAGGAGAAGACUAUGAAGAAGGGGAUGACGAGGAGGAGGAGGAGGAGGAGGCUGAAGGUAAGGGGGAAGGAACGAAGAAAUCUUUCUCCACCGGAGCUCCUCGGCUCCCUGCAGCCGAUUCAUCGGCCGAGGUGUGCAUCAACGGCGAUGCUGCAGCGCUGCUGGCUGCAGCUGGCAUGUCGGCCAACUCCUUGGCGUUCAACCCCUUCCUCCUCUCCACCAUGGCCCCCGGCCUCCUCUACCCCUCCAUGUUCCUGCCUCCGGGCCUCGGGGGACUCAGCCUGCCCGGCUUCCCCACCGCCGCCACCCUGGCCGACCUGCAGAACGCCAUGGCCGGAGCCUUGGGGGGCAACGCCGUGAUCACAAACCCCCCAAGAGACGAGGACGAGGAGCAAGAGGAGGACGAGGAGAAGGCGGGGCUAAAAGCUUCAGGAGAGGAAGAGGUGAAGGGGGGAGGAGGAAAGAUUGACUUGGAGGAGGAUGGAGCGGAGGAGACGAGAGGCGACUAUUCAGCCCCGGAGGAUGCUGGUGAGGAGGAGGAGGAGGUGGAGAAUGAGGAAGCAGCGUGUGACUGAAAUAAAAACACAAAAUUGACUGGCCUUGGACAUUUCCUCUCCUCCCCCUCGCCACGUUUACACGCCUCCACCAGAAAAACCCAAACUAUUACCAAUCCUGGUUUCUUUUUUUUCUCUCCUUUUACAUUGUUGUUGAUUUCUCUCACCAUUUGUUUUAACUUUUUUCCGAGCAGGUAUAUUUACUACGCGUCAGAACGAGGGGUGCGUGUGUGUGUUAAGUUAAAUCUCUCUGAUCAAUAGUGUAGUCAGGGACAAAUCCUCGCAGCUGCUCGCUCAGAGCUCGGCUGCUCCUGUGUGCACGGUGAACGGUGCACUCCCGUUUUUCUCUUUUACAAAUAGGACUCCACAAAGUUCCAGUAGUGCAUUUAUUGUUAUUAUUAUUGCUGCUUUCAGCUCUCAGAUCUUUAUUUUUGCUUCCCUCGUCGUCUGGAGUGUUUUGUUGUUGGCGGCAUUCUUUCUAACAUCAGUUCUCAAAGAAAAAACUGCAUUACGGCUCAGCCGCGGCUGUCUGUCUGACGAUGCUGCUGCGAAAGGAAUUGUGGGUAAUAUAGUUGUUGCAGCUGUUCUGUUUCAGAGCAGACUGUUUUUUUUAUUUUGUAUUCUAGUUCUCACAUAUCAGACCAGGUAGACUCUGAGGAGGUAAAGUGGACUGGACUAGAGCUCAGUCACACACACACUCACACACUUGAUCAUUAGCUUCACACAUUCAGAUGUCCACCACUACACACACGCACACUAACCCCUGAAAACCCCCUCUGUCAUGUGACCGUUUUGUGGGCGGACAGCUGUUUUCCCUCUGAGUGCGUGUGAAAGCACAAUGAACCAAUACUGUUAAACCCAGUCCCACACUGUUUGAAUGCCAGUCUUUGAGUCUUUCCACUGCCACGUCUGAAUCCUGUGUCUCUUCGAGGCGGCUGGUUUUGUGUUCGGGAGGGGGGCAGGCGGGCUGGGUCUGCCCCCGAUCGGGCCUUUCCAUCAGCCGUCCCCGUUUGGAGUUUAUUUUUUUCUGUGAAUGGGUUCGGAGCCUUGGUCCACACAGGGAUGUGAUGUUUCAGGUGUAUUCUUUAAAGGGGGUGGGGGGGAGCACAUGCAAUGGUUUAUUUUUCAUUCCCCGGUCGCUGCCACAUUUUGAGUCUUUUUUUUCCCCUUCAUGUCCCGGUAGUUUCAGACCAAGUGCUGCUCCCCAGUGACCUUCUCUUGAGACUGUUUAUCUAGUCACACACUGACACCAGGCCUGGCCAGAACAGGACUGAGACACACUUUUCAACCGAGUUUCCACAUGAAGUUCAACUCGACUUGUAAACGCUUGAGAAACGCAGGUGGCGCCCGAUUCGUUUCUGUUUUUGUUCGUGUUUUUCCCCCUGAGGCCAGUUAAAGUGUCGGAGGCGAAUCGAGCGCCGCGAGUGGUUCAAAUAUUUGAAAGUCCAUUCAAAUAUAUAUAAAUAUAUAUAUACACACACACACACACACACACACUGUGGCCAGGUCAUGUUAACAUUUGCUAUCACAGCCAGCCCAGCAGAUGCAGAGAGGGAGAGAGAAAGAGGGACUGACGGGGAGAUCAGUUUGUUCUGCUGUCUGGAAGACACCUCCCCUUCAAGUUCCUCGUUCUCCAUCUAAUGCUGAGACAGCAAUAACCAAGGCAGCUUUUGAAUGUUCCAACAUCACUCUCCCAACACACACACACACACACACACACACACACACACACUAUAUGAAAAACCACAAGUGUCGUAUGAAUAGAAAAACUAAACAAAAAACUGUAAAUGAUGACAAAUACGUACUGCAAUCAAUUUGUCUCACUCUGUUCCUGUUGAUGCACUGGUGUUAAAGAGUUAAAAUAAUCAGGUACCUUUAUUACUUAGCUACUUUUUCUUGAAAAAAAUGGACUUUUUGUUACUUUUAGCCAGCAAGCUGAAGAGCAUUACCUCAAAAUUCUUAUCUAGCCUUGAAGUUUACAGACAUACCAUGUAAAUGUUUUUUUUUUCUUCUUUUUUGAUGUUUGUCUUUUGUUUUUUGUUUUUGGAGACAUCAUGUAUGAUGAAUUGUAGCUAUGAUGCUUUUAAUAAAAGUGAAUCAUGAUACUCGCCUAGGAAACCAAA